CCUCUGGAGGGCAACAGGUUCCCCAUGCCUGCUCUAGGGGGCUUUUGAGGUAGGGUGCCCCACUUACACAUCCAAAAGGGAGAGCAUGCUUUGCAUAAAAGUUGCUCGGUCCCUGCUCCUGCCAACCUAGCAGUUCGAAAGCACAUCAAAGUGCAAGUAGAUAAAUAGGCACUGCUCCGGCGGGAAGGUAAACAGCGUUUCUGUGUGCUGCUCUGGUUCGCCAGAAGCGGCUUAGUCCUGCUGGCCACAUGACCCGGAAGCUGUACGCCAGCUCCCUCGGCCAAUAAAGCGAGAUGAGCGCCGCAACCCCAGAGUCGACUAUGACUGGUCCUAAAGGUCAUAAUUACCUUUAAUUAGAAUUAGAAAAAAGUAAUCUUAAAUACAAUAGCUCUCUCCCUAGAGGGGAAAGAGUGGCCAGGAGUGCUGAGUGCUGCAAGGUCUGCUCUUCAGGUGCUGGAAAAAUGAAGGAUGCUUUUACCUAGAGGACUGUCCUCUGGCAGCCCUUCAAAAGAGGACUGUCCUUUUCCAGGAGACCUGGAAAGCCUAUUUUGAGGUGACUAGACGGAUGCACGAAACAAAAAGUACUAUGCCCCGUGGCCCAGUUGCAAGCCUUCCAGGCGGAGGCUUGCGCUAGUCCAUCCUCGCCAAGGUAAACCCCUGGAGCCCCAAGGCCGAGCGGGGACUUUCCUAGAGAAACUCAAAGGAGCCGCGCACUCCUGCCUUCCGGCCGGAGUCCAGCCCAGGGGGCCGCGAUCCUCGCCCCACCACUCCCCGGGGAGCGAGUGCCGCCGCCUUCCGCCGGCCUGGGGCGAGGCGGCCUUCCGGCAGGUGAAGCUCCUCCUGGCCCGCGGAGAAGAGCCGGGCGCGGCCACAGGCGGAAGCCGGGCGAGGCCUCGCCGCGCGGGCCAAGGGCCGCAUCUCCGGGCUGACGGCGGGCGAUGGCAGACGCGGCGGCUCCCGGGGAAGCCUCGGAGAGGUAGGCUGGGCUCGGGCCAAUGGCCGCCCCUUCCCCCCCCCCAGCCCCUUCUAGUGGAUGCCAAGCCUCUCUGGCCCUGCUCGCCUCCGGGCGCGAAGGUGGCGGCGGCGCCGGCGCCGGGCUUCCGAAGCCCCAAGAGGCUCCGCGGCUGCUUGGGGUCUCGUUUCCCGAGAGCCGAAAGGGGCCUCGCUCUCUCCUCCUCCUCCUCCUCCGCCCUCCAUCUUCGCUUCGCCGCAGCCCCGGGAAGCCGGCUCGGCCGAGAGAGAGGGGCUGCUCCAAGGGCCCUUCCGCGGGCUUCGGCCCCACGGGCGGAAAGGGCUCGCUCUUCUUGCCGCGGCUGAAACUGAAAUUUAAACUCACCAUUUUCUUUAAAGCGCUUUUUUGUCCAGAAAGACAGAAUGAGCGUCUCUACAGCAAAUCGUAGGACAGCCUUUCCCAAGUUUCUCUCCCAACUGCCACCGCAUGAGUGUUGUAGUCCAAAACAUCUGGAGGGCGCCAGGUUGGCGAAGGCUCUUUUAGGAACCCAGGCCUCUCUCUAACCGGUUUUCCACACAUUUAGAAAAACCGGCUUGAUUGUCUGUAUUUAUAUUAAUAAAAAGGUAAUGCUGCCCUCUGAUAGAUACCAAAUGUGGCUUACAAUAAAAUAAAAUAAAUGAAAAGAAACAGAAUAAAUAAAAGACUAGAGUCAUUAAACAGUAGGGUGUAAGAGCCACAUCAAAGCAAUCCUAUGUUAAAUCUAAAUUGGUGAAAUAAAAUGAAAUGAAAUGCCCUUCAGCUGCCUGGUGCUGAGGGAAGACAUCAGGGUGAGUCUAAAGCAAGCUUCCCAUCCCAGAAAAUGUUGUCAGUUGAGCACCUCUUAUAUAAAAGAUGUCUGAAGUCCCACAGUCUCACUCAGGAAAAGCAGCAGAAAUCCAGAUCGAUAAGGCUGGUCUCCAUUGUGAGUUCUGCUCCGAGUAAACACAUUGCAACCAAUGGCCUUGAAUCCACUGAUUUCAGUGGGUCCAAGAUGAACUAGCAUUGCAUACAACCCUUCAGCUGUAACCCUUUAUUAUACAGAUGUUGCCAUGGAUGAUGGGAGUUGUAGUCCAGCAACAUCUUGAGGCCUACCGUUUCCCCAUCCCUGCUAUAAACAUACCUGGGCUGGAGGAAAUCCCAGGUAUGUCGGAGCAGAAAUGCAUAGGAUCGUGGGGUCGAUGGCCAAGCUGUGGGGAACGAGUCUUGUUUGCUAUCAUGUCAAGGUGACUGAGAACAAGGAGCCACAAAUCAGGAAGUCCCACAUUUAGAUCUUGCGUACUCCUAUAUUUGCUCCUGUUCUUUCCCAAGCCUCAUGCUUUCAUCUGCAGUAUUACAUUACAGGGUCACUAGAAGCCUUAUCAAAGCACUUUACACACUAAAACUCUGUGUGCUGUAACUGGGACACGCUGGCUGUGCCGACCUGCACUACACCUGGGCCUCAGGCAUGUCUCAGGACCUGUUUUCAGCGCUAGUGCAGAAGGAUUACCGUGGCUGAUGGUAUAGUCUUGGAAACCACUGGGGAACCAACAGGGACCACAGGCUCCUGUCCAGGCUGUGGUCAGAGGGAGACAUUCCUGAACGAUGUGAAAAGCAUCCUGUAGCCCAAGUACCUGCUGGACUCUGGGAAAUCCCUUUUGUCUUCCCAUGGCUUUCCUUUUAGAGCAGGGAUGGGUCCCAAUGCGUCUCCUGAUCUGACCCCCUGGCCUCUUCCCAGGCCCCGGCCAUUUCUUCUUGAUGCUCACCUUUCUUUCAAAUCAGGUGAGCAGUGUGGUUAAAGCUCCCCGUCCUGUGUCCUGCUCCCAAGCUGCUCAGCUGAGCCCUGGAAAACAGCUCUGCAGUGGAAACUGGGUGUGUGUGGCUGAGCCCUGUCCCCAAGCUACCCAAGGAGGAAGAAUGUGGGUUGUGGGCUGUGCAAGGAGAGGGCAUGUCUGUGUCCAUGCUUGUGGUAUGGAUGGUGCUUGUGAGUUUUGGCCCUGUCCACUACUGAGAGGCAGCCCCGGCCCAGCCCACCCACUUCUCCCAGGGAAAUAAAAGUCGGGGGAAGGUUCUCUGUCCUGGUCUUGAGCCUGGAAAACACAGCCUGGCCUACCCUGUAUUCCAGUGGUUCUCAAGCUCUUUUCUCUGGGCCAGACUUUCAGAAUAAAAACAUGCUCACACUGCACCAAUUCUUUUAUUGAUAAGAAAUAUAUUGGAAAACAAACAAAAAAGCAACUCCUGGCAGUGCUUGAUUUAUAACAUAGAAGACAUCCACUUUAUAAUACUGUAUGAUCCAGAAAUUAUAAAAUAGUGCAGCUACAUAAGAGCACAAAUCAUUCCCAAAGUAGAAUUAUAAGCAAGCCUCUUACAAAUGUACCUUAAGUAUGUACAGAAACUGAAUGAUAGGUGAGAGUUGUUUGAUGCUCUUGCUCUCAUAUCUACCCAUAUUCAUUUACAGUGGUACCUCUGGUUAUGUACUUAAUUUGUUCUGGAGGUCCGUUCUUAACCUGAAACUGUUCUUAACCUGAAGAACCACUUUAGCUAAUGGGGCCUCCUGCUGCCGCCGUGCAAUUUCUGUUCUCAUCCUGAAGGAAAGUUCUUAACCCAAGGUAUUAUUUCUGGGUUAGUGGAGUCUGUAACCUGAAGUGGAUGUAACUGGAAGCGUAUGUAACCCGAAGUACCACUCUGUGUGUGUGUGUGUGUGUGUGUGUGUGUGCGCGCACACACACUACGUUGCACUAAUAGUAUCCUAUACUAUUCUGAAAUGUUUAAAUUUUCUUUGUUCUUGAAUCUUCCUGCCACACUUGCCAUCUCCUGCCACACCCUUUCAGAGCCACUGAUUUACACACAAGCAAUGGCGGCAGUUACGUCAAUAUAUGGCAAGACUGGCUUCUACUGGUUUAACCAUGGGGCAUUGCAACUUUCUUAUCUCUGUGGCUACAACAGUUAUAACAAUCUCUUGCUUACAUGCUCUCAUGGUACUCUUGCAAAGACAACCUUCAUCUUCCAACUCUCAUUUACUUGUAACACAGAUUUCAACUUUUUAAAAUUAUUUAAUUCCUUUAUAAUUUUAUCCUCCUUCCAUACUACCUCAAUCCUAUCAGUCUUAUGAUUUAGGGAGUUUAAAACCUUACCUUGCCCAGCUUCUUAUGUACCUUCAAACUGGUGGAACAAGUGACAGCUAUGCUCUCUCCCCCCCCCCCCCAGGCACUGCUGGGUCUGUUUUGGCACAGAGAGCGAUGACCGCUCUGCUGAGUGGGUCUGCCCCUGCCGCUGCAAAGGCUCCACCAAAUGGAUCCACCAGGCCUGCCUCCAGCGGUGGCUGGAUGAGAAGCAGAAAGGCAACAGCACAGGCAGUGUGAGCUGCCCACAGUGUGGAACGGAGUAUCGCAUUGUCUUCCCCAAACUAGGUGAGUUGUAGGGGUGGCCUGGCUAGCCCCAUUCCCUGGUGUGGCUAGAUUGAGUCCCUAGCAAAGUUGUGGAGCUGCCCAGCAAAGCCAGGUUCAAGGCAAGGUGUGUUUAAGCAGCAGGUCAGCUGUCCAGCCAAGGAUUUCCACUGGGCUAGGGGACACACAGUACUCUUUCUGAAGUACUGUAUUUUUCGCUCUAUAAGACGCACCAGACCACAAGACGCACCUAGUUUUUGGAGGAGGAAAACAAGAAAAACAAUAUUCUGAAUCUCAGAAGCCAGAACAGCAAGAGGGAUCGCUGCGCAGUGAAAGUAGCAAUCCCUCUUGCUGUUCUGGCUUUUUUGAUAGCUGCGCAGCCUGCAUUCGCUCCAUAAGACGCACACACAUUUCCCCUUACUUUUUAGAAGGGAAAAAGUGAGUCUUAUAGAGCAAAAAAUACGGUAGUUUGCCCACCCUUGGUCCCCACCCUGCGAUCAGCUCUCACCUGUGGCUCCUAGCAGGCAACAGCAGCCACACCCCAGGAAUGGCUUCCACUGGCUGGCUAAACCAGGUGAGGGGAGCCAAUGGGUCUCAAAUCCUUGAGGCCAAAUGGAUUGCUCUGCUUUCCUUUGGACCACAUCAGCAAGGCCAAGAGGGGGUCUUGUCGUCUUCAGCCACAGCAGGUGCUGUGAUGCUACAAUGGUUGACUUUGCCUCUGAAAGCACAUUUCAUUUUCUUUUGAGAGAGAUGGAUGCCAACAACAAAACAGCCAGGCAGCAACAUAGCAGUUGUGUAGCUGUUCCUACAGCCUUCCUGGAGUGUCAGCAGGGUCCUGAUCCAAAGGUGCACAUCCAGUUAUUGAGCCCAGUGAUGGGAGGCCUUGUUGUACUGCCAAAUACAUACAUUCUGGCAUUUAGUUUGGCCAUCAGCUUGGCCUUGCUACUUCCUGUGUUCCUGGGAUCUUGGGGGUAAUAGGCGCAGGUUACAGCAACAGCCGACAUUUUUCCACCUUCGCCGCAUCAAGCAGUUGCUCCCUUACCUUUCCUGACCUGACCUGACCACAGUGAUCCAUGCGACAGUCACCUCCAGGCUUGACUACUGUAAUUUGCUCUACGCGGGGCUGCCCUUGAAGCUGUCCCAGAAACUCCAGCGGGUGCAGAAUGCUGCAGCGAGGCUCCUCACGGGGUCUCUGCCAUGGGAGCAUAUUCACCCAGUGCUUUUCCAGCUGCACUGGCUCCCGGUGGAGUACAGGGUCAGAUUUAAGGUGCUGGUUUUGACCUUUAAAGCCCUUCACGGCCUAGGACCCUCGUACCUUCGGGACCGCCUCUCCUGGUAUACCCCACGGAGGACCUUAAGGUCCAUAUAUAGCAGCACCCUAGAGGUCCCAGGCCCUAAGGAAGUUAGAUUAGCCUCAACCAGAGCCAGGGCCUUUUCAACACUGGCUCCGGCCUGGUGGAACGCUCUGUGAGACCAGGGCCCUGCAGGAUCUGAUUUCUUUCCGCAGGGCCUGUAAGACAGAGUUGUUCCACCUGGCCUUUGGCUUAGAAUCAGUUUGAUUCCCUCCCACUCUUUCUAUUUCCUUUCUCCUCCUGUGAAGAGGCUGCAUCCUAAUGUUUAAUGUUCUAUUUUAAUCUUUUUAAAUUGUAUUUUAAUCAACUUGUUUUUAUUAUUGGUUAUUAGCCGCCCUGAGCCCGGUCUUAGCUGGGGAGAGCAGGGUAUAAAUAAAAAUUUAUUAUUAUUAUUCUUAAUAAUAAUAAUAAUAAAUUUUAUUUAUAUCCCGCCCUCCCCACCCAGCCGAAGCUAGGCUCAGGGCGGCUAACAACAUUCAAAUAAACCAACAUUCUAAAAACAUUUCAUUAUAAAAAUUAAUUAAAUCAAAUUGAUGGCAACCAUUAAACAAAAUUCUGUGCAGAUUGCCAGAGGAGGGAGUCAGGCUGCGCCCUGACCAAAGGCCUGGUGGAACAGCUCUGUCUUGAGCUAAUAAAGGAAGGUCUUUGGUUGGUGAGCAUCCAGGCCCCUUCUGCAGACUCCCUGGGUAGGGGUGGUCUUGCAGGUCCUGGGAGAAAGAAGUCUCACCUGCUUCCAAGUCCAAGCUGGGAGCAUGAGUAAAACUCUGGCAGACUGGUUUUUUGCUCACCCUUCCUCUGGCAGCCGAUGGCUGCUGUCAAAAAGGGAGCAGUGCAGUGGUGGUCAGUGGCAACUUCCUUGCCAUGCACUUAGGCACACACAGUCUUCUUUACGGAUGGGGGUAUGCAAAAUAUUUAGAGAUCCCUCUCCUACCCAUAGCAGAAGUGGUUCCUUCAAAUCAUGUUCUUGAUCAUUACAUUUAUAUUCCACCUUUCCUCCAAGGAGCUCUCCACUUUAUCCUCAGAACAACCCUGUGAGGUAGGUUAGGCUGAGAGAGGGCGGCAGGACUGGUUAAGGGUUGCAGCUCCUGAGCCCUGGUCUCCCUGGUCCCAGCAUCUCUGUGUGGUUCUGCUUUGGCUUCCCCUUCCCUGCGCAAAUGCACACACACACCUUUUCUAAAAUUGUACUAGAAUACAAGCCACCACUACACAAAAACGAGCCACUUCUCUUCUAAGUAGUAUCAUUGCCUGGAAAAUAAAAAACAAUGUUGUGUUACUUUUGGGGAGGAAUUUGCAAAAUUUGUUGGAGACCAGCCUUAAGCAUGAGAGAGAGAAUAAUGCUGAAAGUUAACGAAGCAGGAGGGCCCCCCCGGCUCCCCAUGUGGGCUGGAGCUGUUGGAGGUGGGGUCCAAUGACUGGAGGGCUCCAGGUUCCCCAUCCCUGAGCGAAGGGCUGCUUGGCUGGAUCAGAUCCAAAGUCCAUGUGCUUCAGCACUCUGAUCUCCCACCACAGCCAGCCACCUGCCCAAGGGAAACUUACAGACAAUGUUGGUGGGCCUUUGCCAACCUGGUGCCCUCCAAAUAAUAAGAAUAACAAUUUCAGUAAUUUUAUUAGGGAGUUCCAGAGUAUGGGUGCUGCCACACUAACUGAUCAGUUUCUUACAAAUGCGGAACAGGCAUCCUACGGCACCUGUAACAAAAGCCCCACGCAGAGCGCAUGGCGGCAAUCCAACCUUAAAUUAACCACUGCAUGAAUGACUGACCGAGCCUUCCUGAUCCAGGAACAGUCAAAGCUCUCAUACCUGUUGCAGCUGGUAAAAGGUGCUACUAGCCCCUGAGGCUACUUUGGGUUCCAGGGACAAAGUUGGACCCAGAAGCACCCCAGACUGUGAACCUGCUCCUUCAGAGGAAGUGCAGCCCCUCCAGGAUAGGGAACUGCCCCAAUUCUCAGACAUGGGUGCCAGCCAACCAACCAACCAACCACAGUACCUUUGUCUUGGCAGGAUUCAAGCUCAGCAUGUUUUUCCUCCUCCAUCUCACCCCUGUGUCCAGGCCAGGGACUGCUUGGCCUCUCCCAGUUCAGAUGCUAUGGAGAAAUUGAGCUGAGCAUCCUCAGCAUACUCAUGGUGUCUUAUCCCAAAACUCCUGAUGACCACUCCCAGCACCUUCCUAUAGAUAUUAAAUAGCACUGGAGAUGAGAUGGUGCCCUGUGACGUAGCCACCAGGGGACUGAGAAGCAUUCCCCUAACGCCACUCUCUGGACUCAGUCCAGGAGGCGGGACCAAAACCACUGCAGCACAAAAUUCUCUGGAGCCGGUCCAGGAGGAUAACAUGGUCAGUGUCAUUAAAAGCCAAAACGAGAUCAAGAUGCAGGAGCAGAGUCAUAGUUUAAUAAGGUUGGGCUGCUUUGGAGAGUUAGCACACAGCUUGGAAGCAGGCCACUACUGAAUACUUGUCGUAUGAGCACCCUUGGCUGGUAAAGCAAUCAGAGUGAGACUUCUAAAUGUGGAAAAUGAGAAAGCGUAUAGAAUUAUAGGGGAAACGUAUUGGAUAGGAAAGAGCUCCUAUUCUAACUAGUUGUGAAUCCAAAGGAGCCGUCCUUGCCCCUUGAUCUCUGCAGCAGAGAGACCGUAGGAGGUUGUCCCCUCUCCUUUUCUGCUCCAGGAGGAAGCGGGAGAGGAAGCUUGAAGUUAGGUCAGCAACCCUAAGAAUCAGUCUAACCUCAGAAGGAAGGCCAGCACAGGUGCAGAGGACAGUGAGAAAGUUUAAGAAGCUUGGAGGUCUACUUUCUCCCCAUGCAAAUGUGGUCAGCAUUAAUGCAAGCUGAGUUGCAUCCCAACACUUCCAAGAAAUAAAACAGCUCGCUUGGUCCCAUAGACCAGCAGUGGGGAACAGCCAAUGGGUCGGCCAAAUGAGACCCCUGCCAGACUUCCCCAAUGGACCCAGUUGGUUGGUUUGCACAAAUCACACCCACACUGUGUGGCAUCAGUUGCAGGACAGGUAAUGGUGUCGUGUAUUGUACUCAGUAGUGAUCCAGAGCAGAAUCUUUAAGAUAUGGUUAGCAGAGUAAAAACUUUAACAUGUUGCAGGAUUCCAAAAGAAUAGACCAGAGGCAAUUUCAUUUCAUCCAGCAGAGCUUUGCUGCUACUGAAGGCAAGUGAGCAUAAUGGUCACAAAUCCAAUACAUUCAGGAUUGGCACUGUCCAUAAGAAAUCCAGUUGCGGCAGACUUAACUUAAACUUACAAUAACUUAUAAUAAGACUAAACCUUAACACUAAGCACACUAUGUACAGAACAUCACAGCAGAAGGAAAAGAGAUAGAAAGAGAAAGUGAAGCCCAGACUCCUUCUGGUCUCUUAUUAUAGUCAGCAUGACCUUGACAGAAAAGAUAACAGAACCAGUUUAGGCCAGUUGUGCUCAGCUUCCCUGAAGGAAUAGCCCAAACAUCAUGAACCUCCUGCUUGUUUCUUUCACACAGAGAAACUUCCAGAACCCUCUUGAAUUAUUUAGGAAAGAUCCCUACACAUCAUACACACAAUACUUUCUGUACUAAGAAAUGUAAACUGACAAAAGGCACAUCUGCAAGAAGUGCCAGAUUCAGGCCUGUUUGAAUUUAGCACCUUUCCCUGUUGCAGUGUUUUCUGAAGGGAUCUGAUGCGCUCAAGAGCUCCCCAUCACUAAUGGGCGUAUCCAGCCCUUUCCAAAAGCAACACGAUGUGCCAAAUUCAAGCAGUGCCGAAAGCAAAGCCAUGGCUGCAAAGGAACAAUUGGGAGCACACCCCGUCACAGACAGGCAUUCUAUGAUGAUGUCUGCUCCACUGAGGCCUCAUCCAUAGCAUACAUUUAAAGCACUAUGAUACCACUUUAAACCGUCAUGGCUUUCCCCAGAGAAUUCUGGGAGCUGUAGUUCAGGGUACCAAGAGUAUUUAGGUGUUUCUUACUCCCCUCACAGAGCUACAAUUCCCAGAGUUCCUAAUGAAGAGGGAUUGAUUAGGACAACUCUCAGCUCCCAAAAUUAUUUGGGGGAAGCUAUGACUGUUUAAGGGACGCAGGUGGCGCUGUGGGUUAAACCACAGAGCCUAGGACUUGCUGAUCAGAAGGUUGGCGGUUCGAAUCCCCACAACGGGGUGAGCUCCCGUUGCUCGGUCCCUGCUCCUGCCAACCUAGCAGUUCGAAAGCACGUCAAAGUGCAAGUAGAUAAAUAGGUACCGCUCCACGAGAAGGUAAACGGCAUUUCCGUGCGCUGCUCUGGUUCGCCAGGAGCGGCUAAGUCAUGCUUGUAUGCCGGCUCCCUCGGCCAAUAAAGUGAGAUGAGCGCCGCAACCCCAGAGUUGGUCACAACUGGACCUAAUGGUCAGGGGUCCCUUUACCUUUAUCAUUACCUAUGACCGUUUUAAGUAGUAUCAUAGUGCUUAAAAUGUAUAGCAGAAACCUAAAGUAGUCUAAUAUGUUAUGAGCUAGUUUUAAUUAAUAAGAAACAAUCACUUACCAUUUGUUGGUUACUCAGUUCAUUUGGGCUCAUUGGCAGGAACUUUGAGAAGCCAGGAGCAGAAGAGGCCAGAAUACCAAGGAAGCGGAUAGACCCCUUCCUGUUCCCUUUUCCUUCUCACUUGUGAGAUGACUUGGGAUUUCACACCCACACCCCUCUUUCAAUGGAAUCUCAGUGGCUGAGGGAGGCGACACCUCUGAAGGGGCCUGAAUGCCUAGGCCAUGAUCCUGGUGGCUGUUGAGAGCCCAAGCUGAGUGCCUGCAACACUGAGUUUCUGCUGUCCUUCCUUUGUAGGACCCUUGGUGUAUUUCUUGCAACAAGUGGACCGAAUUUUAUCCAAAGUGAGCCCCUUUGCUGCAGCUGGCAUUGUCGUGGGGACACUCUACUGGUCGGCUGUGACGUAUGGGGCUGUCACUGUCAUGCAGGUAAAGCAAAGGGGUGCAGGGAAAGAAUGAAUCAGAUGGCCUUCAGCUCAGUCAGUAGCUUUGAAAGUCACUUGGAAAUUUUAUUAUAAUCGAGCAGUGGAGAAAAUUUGUGAAAUAAAAUCAUAUGCAAGAAAGCUUAAUGAGGCUGCACGGUUUAAUCAGAAUUGACAAAGGUUAUGACUGAUUAAUCAGUGGGAUAAAAAGGGGGGUGCAUUCACACUAUGAUACCACCUUAAACAAUCAUGGUUUCCUGCAAAGAAUUCUGGGAACUGUCAGUUGUUAAGAGUUGUUGGGAGACCCCUGUUCCCAGAGCUACCAUUCCUAGCAUGGUUAAACAGUCAGUUCCUCUUCACAUGUAACUCUGUCCACUUUGGAGCUCUGUGAGAGAAAGUGUGUGUGUGUGUGUGUGUGUGUGUGUGCGCGCGCGUGUGUCCUAACAACUCUCAGCACCCUUAACAAACUAAAACUUCCAGAAUUCUUUGGGGGAAGCAAUGACUGUUUAAUGUGGUAUCAUAGUACUUCAGACGGUGCUGUGGUAGGAAUCUGAAGCUAUCCAGUAAGAAUCUGACCAUUUGGGUUAUGUGAAUGGAGUUUUAUUCUCCUCGCUGAUGAAGGCAGAAGCCACCCGGCUUGCCCCACUGCAUUGCUGAUCAGUCUCUUCUCCUUUGGCAGGUUGUUGGUCAUAAAAAGGGCCUGGAUGUGAUGGAGCGGGCAGACCCCCUUUUCUUGCUCAUGGGGCUCCCCACCAUCCCUGUCAUGCUGGUGCUGGGCAAGAUGAUCCGCUGGGAAGACUACGUGCUGCGGGUGUGGCGGAAAUACUCCAGCAAGAUCCAAGCCCUGCAGGCCUUGGUGCCAGGUGAGUGCCACCCUCCGCUCAGUCCUCCUGGCCUGGGCAUUGGCCUGAAGUUGAUGGGCCGGGAGACCAGCAUGAGGCAGGCUUCCCCUGGACUCUGCAUUUGGAAGGAAAGGUGGGCCAACCACAAUUUAUGGUAUGCGGAUGAAUCCCUCCUACAAAACAGUGGCAAUUGGCAGCACCCUAGGACAGCUUUGUCCAACUUGGUGCCGCUGCCCUCCCACUGUUUUUGACUACAAUUCCCAUUGGCCUCAGCCAGCUGGUGGGAAUUGUAGUCAGAAGCAGUGGGAGGGCACCAGGUUGGACAAAGCUGAACUAUUCAUGGAAUUCACAAGAAUAUGGAUUUCUCACAGCCAUCCUGCUUCCAGACUAGUUACUGGGCAGCAGGACAAAAAAGCAGAUCCCCCAUUCCUUGUCCUUUUUGUAAGCCAAGAGCCUACCUGUAUACAUAGCUUUGCCAGUGGGAGUUGAAUGGCAUCUGGAGUUAUGGACUAUUCUGCUUGGCAACAGCAGCACACACAACAAGUAACUGCAAUUGCCAUGAGCUGCAGCAUGAACUGAUCCCUCUAAUCCAUGUGCAGUGGAAGGAAGGGCAGAGGCAAGGCAUGUUCCUCCAUUGUGCAGAAUAAUAGUAAUCAACAACAGCAACAAAUUUGCACCAAGCAAAGUUUGCUGUCUGUCCAAAUCAUGCCAAAUAUUCAUGUUUGCAUUUUUUUAUUCUGCAGCUGUUCUUAUUUUUAUUAAACAGAUUUUUAGCUCUCACCAUGUUUUUCCUAAUCUCUCUUGCAUCCUCAGGGAUCAGCCGCCCUGUUCCGCACAUCCCUCUCGCCGAGUCGCGCUACCAGAGUGACCACCUCUCCAUCUCGCGCACGCUGUGCGGGGCCCUGGUCUUCCCCACCAUUGCCAACCUAGUUGGCAGAGUCACCUUCCGCAGGGUGAACUCCAGCCUCCAGCGUACCAUCCUGGUGAGUGGAGAGACUGGGGAAGGAACUCUGGAGUCAACUGGGUGCAAUACUUGGGUCAGAAUUCAAGUAUUUGAAGGAAUCACUCCCAUUCUUGGUUCGACGUAGCAUCCCUGCCACAGCACCCUAAUGCUGCUAGCCAUGGUGGCAAGGCUGGGACAGCCCUCGGGUUAGCUGGCACAGCACAUAGUUCAUAUGCAGAAGGUUUGGUGCACUGGCACCUCUGGGUAAAAGGAUCUCAAACAGCCAGGCUGGGAAGGACCUUUGUUGGAGAUGAUGCCCAUUGGAUUAGACUCAGCUUCUCCAACCUGGUGCCCUCCAGAAGUUUUGGACUACAACUCCCACCAGCCUGGCGCCAUAUGGCUGUGCUGGUUGAGGCUGGUGAAAGUUGCAGUUCAGUCCAUCAGGAAGGCAUGCAGCCGCCAAGGUGCUGGGCCAUAUGGACCGAUGGACCUGUUUGUGGGAUGCUCUGGCCAAGGAGGCUUGCCUGGCACUUUCACUGCAUAUCUUUAGGCACCAGGCAAGAACAUGCCUCUUCUCCCAGGCCUUUGGCCAAUUGAACGAUAUACAGCGUUUUAAACUGUGGGGGGUUAUUGCUUUGUUUAUUAUUAUGUUAUCCAUGUGUUUUUAUACUGUGAUCUUCGGAUGGAGGGUGGUAUAUAAAUUUAAUAAGUAACAAUAAUGGUCUGACUCGAUAGAAGGAGCUCCACAUUUCCACUUUUCUUUCUGGAUUUAUAUCUUGCCUCUCCAUCAUUUAGGUCUUCCCUCUUUUUUUAGGUGGCUUGAAAACAUAUGUUAGCGCAGUUGUUUUCAGUCUGAGGGGGCAGGGGGAGGCCUCCAUACUGCAGAACCUGGAGGAAGCCUGUAGAUCCCUUUUGUCUUAAGCCAGGAGUCACCAACUUGCGCCCCCCAGGUAUUUUUGGAGAGACACCGGCUCCUAUCAUCCCCAACCACUGGCCAUGGGGCUGGGGGCUGGGGGGAGCUGGAGUCUCACAGCACUGGGAGGGCACCAUGUUGGCUGUUACAGAAGGCCAGUCCCCUCUGCUGCCUCAGUGGGAGAGAGGGCUCCUUCCUACAGCGCCACUGAAAGUGCUCGAUCCUAGGCUCUCACCUGGUAGGCUGCCUCCGUGGCAGAGAUGGGCAAGGGGGCUCAUUGCACCCUCUCAGCAUGGAAGACCAGAUGCACCUGGCACCUUCCACCUCGGAACUGUUUCCAUUCAAGCUGGUCAUUAUAAGAACCACAAUUUUACUUUAAGAAUUGGCCCCCAUGUUUUCUUUUUUCUUCUUCCCUCCCUGGCCCUUUUUUCUUUUGUGCUGUGCCUUUUAGAUUGUAAGCCUGUGGGGAAAGGGCUGUUUUGUUUUAACUGAUUGCUUCUGGCCGAAGAGCCGUGUCUAAAUGUUCUAAAGGAAAAGGAAAUCCUGGACUGGAGCAGAUAAUGAUGAUCUGGCUGCUUCCCUCUGUCAAUCAGACUCCUCUCAGGAAGGGGCUUGAGGGAACUGCUCUCUCCUCCCUCCCAUACCGGGUGGUGGUUCACAUGGACCUGCCUCUCCAAUGCUCAGAAGGCAAAAGAGGUGGUUUGAGGCUCUUAACUUCACCUACCCCUCCUUUUCUCUGUUUCCCUGCCAGGGGGGCAUUGCUUUUGUGGCCCUGAAGGGAGCCCUGAAGGUCUACUUUCGCCAGCAGCAGUACCUGAUCCAAGCCAACCGGCGCAUCCUCAACUUUGUGGAGAAAGGGGACAUGGAAAGGAACUCCACUCAGCUCGAUGAGGACAGCGGCAGUGAAGCAGGGCUCAGCUAGGGCAGGAAAGGCACCCAUGCACGCUCAAGAGACACACACACCGCUCCAAAGCUCCUCCAAAGAAACUGGAUUCCUCUCUGGGAUGGAUUUUAGGCCAGUUGACUCCUCUCCCAAGAGGAAGCACUCUGGGCUUUGCUGCUGUGGUUUGCGGAGAGGGCGAGGUGCUCCAUUUAGGCCGGACUGGGCAAAGUCUGCUUCUUCUUAAGCUGGUGGUUUAUCGGCAGUCUGGCUCUUUGACUCUCUUCUGCCUGGUUGCUCCCCUUGCACGGGGCUGUGCUCUGAUCUCUUUGUAAACCAGGAGUUAAAUAAAGGAGUCAAGCUGUAAGUGUCCUCUUUGUGACCAUGGAGAA